AUCCUGUUGCUCAAUCCAUGGUUGCCUCUGUGAUUACCUAGUGAGGAAAGUAUGGGUUCUGAAGUCGAGCUGACUGGCUUGGAAUCUUGUUUUACCUGCUAAGUUCCUAGUCAUGUGACAGACAUUUGAGUUAACUUCUCUGCGCCUCUGCUUCCUGACUGGCUAAUGAUGGGAGAGCAACGGACUACAAAAUCUUCACCUACACCUGGCUGGAGUUUCUGCUUCCAAUGACCCAGAUCUGGACCCGUUACUCACUGACCAGCAUCUAUGACACAGCUGAGCGAAUUAACUUAGAAAAUACAUUUCCAGCUCAGUGAGUACUGGGUAUGUGUCACCCUGCCAAAUCCUGUCACAAGUCUCCAUGAACUGGCGGUGAGCUGGGAUAAUAAAACCCCUGACAUCACCAUUCCAGAAGCUUCACAAGACUGCAUAUAUAAGGGGCUGGCUGUAGCUGCAGCUGAAGGAGUUGACCAGUCAACUGAGACUACAUUCAUCUAGCCACCAUGGACAUCGCCAUCCACCACCCCUGGAUCCGGCGUCCCUUCUUCCCUUUCCACUCCCCCAGCCGCCUCUUUGACCAGUUCUUCGGAGAGCACCUGUUGGAGUCUGACCUCUUCUCAACGGCCACUUCUCUGAGCCCCUUCUACCUUAGGCCACCCUCCUUCCUUCGUGCACCCAGCUGGAUUGACACUGGACUCUCAGAGAUGCGGAUGGAGAAGGACAGGUUCUCUGUCAACCUGGACGUGAAGCACUUCUCCCCCGAGGAACUGAAAGUCAAGGUGCUGGGAGACGUGAUUGAAGUUCACGGCAAGCACGAGGAGCGCCAGGACGAGCAUGGCUUCAUCUCUAGGGAGUUCCAUAGGAAGUACCGGAUCCCAGCUGAUGUGGAUCCUCUCAGCAUUACUUCAUCCCUGUCAUCUGAUGGGGUCCUCACUGUGAAUGGACCAAGGAAACAGGCCUCUGGCCCUGAGCGUACCAUUCCCAUCACCCGCGAAGAGAAGCCUGCUGUCACUGCAGCCCCUAAGAAGUAGACUCCCUUUCUCUCACCGCAUUUUUUAAAACAAGGAAGUUUCCUAUCAAUGAAUGAAAAUCUGUGACGAGUGCUUAAGCUUAUUAAUGCUAAGGGCCGGCCCAGAUUAUUAAGCUAAUAAAAUACCAUUCAGCAACA